AUGGCCGACUCCCAAUUGCCCCACCAUCCCAAACCCGAGACGCCGGCUGCCUCCGCUCCCGCCGAAGGUGAGACCAAGAACGCCAGCAAGAAUGCCCUGAAGAAGGCCGCAAAGGAUAAGGCCAAGGCAGAGAAGGCUGCCGCGCGUGCUGCGCAAGAAAAGGCCCAAGCUGCCGCCCAGGACGCCAACGACACAGCCAAGCAUCUAUACGGUCCUAUCCCCGAAAAAGAGGAUGUCAUCCCAGCCACCCGAUUCAGCGAUCUCUCAGAGGAACACUACGAGAAGGAGGUGACGGUUGUGGCGCGCGUGGACAAUGCGCGUGUGCAGAGUGCCAAGCUGGCAUUCUUGAUGCUGCGCCAGCAGGGACAGAAGGUGCAGGCCGUCAUUGCGGCCGCGGAGCCCAUCUCCCGACAGAUGAUCAAGUUCACUGGUGGAUUGAACGUCAACUCGAUUGUGCAGGUCACUGGUACGGUGAAGAAGCCCGAGAUCCCCAUCUCGUCUGCUUCUAUCAGCCACCUCGAGAUCCACAUCAGCAAGGUCUACAUGAUCUCCGAGGCUAUGCAGAUGCUUCCCAUGCAAGUCAAGGAUGCUGAGCGCCCGCCCCCAGAGAGUACCGAAGAAGGUGUUGACGCCGAGGGUGCUCCCAUCGUUACCCUCAAGACCCGUCUGGACAACCGUGUCCUCGAUCUGCAGACCGAGACCAGCCAGGCUAUCACCUGGAUCUCCAGCGGUGUUUCCCAGCUCUUCGCUGAGUACAUGAUCAAGAGCGGCUCCCGCUGGAUCUCCACACCCAAGCUCGUCGGUGCCGCUACGGAAGGUGGCAGCGGUGUCUUCGAGGUCAAGUACUUCAAGCGCAAUGCCUACCUCGCCCAGAGCCCUCAGCUUUACAAGCAGAUGUGUAUCGCCGGUGAUAUGGAAAGCGUCUUCGAGAUUGCUCCCGUGUUCCGCGCAGAGGAAAGUAACACCCACCGUCACUUGACCGAGUUCUCCGGUCUCGAUUUCGAGAAAACUUUCCGCGGCCACUACCACGAAGUCCUAGAAUUCGCCGAAGACCUCCUCGUCUUCAUCCUCACCCAGCUAAAGGAGCGCUACGCCUCCCAAAUCGCCACCAUCCAAAAGUCCUACCCCAAGGCCGGCGACUUUAAGCUGCCCAAGGACGGCAAAGCCCUGCGCAUGAACUACAUGGACGGCGUAGCUCUGCUGAAGGAAGCCGGCGUCGACGUCACAGAGCAAGAAAACUUCGAAAACGACUUCACCACCGCAAUGGAGAAGCAGCUUGGCCAAAUCAUCCGGGAAAAGUACGAUACCGACUUCUACGUCCUGGAUAAAUUCCCCAUGUCCGUCCGUCCUUUCUAUACCAAGGCCGAUCCCACCGAUAAGCGCUUCUCCAACUCGUAUGAUUUCUUCAUGCGCGGCGAGGAGAUCAUGUCCGGUGCUCAGCGUAUUCACGAUAUCAAGGAGCUGGAGGAGUCCAUGCGCGCUAAGGGGCUGGAGCCUAAUCAGGAGGGCUUCGAGGAUUAUCUUAAUGCCUUCCGUCAGGGUUGUCCGCCUCAUGCUGGUGGUGGUCUUGGUCUUAACCGCAUUGUUAUGUUCUUCCUUGGGUUGCCGAAUGUUCGUCUCGCUACGCUGUUCCCCCGUGACCCCCAGCGUCUGCGUCCUUGA